CCCACAUGCCUUUGUUUAUUUAUUUUUAGUUUUAUAUUAUUUUAAUUGAAAAAAUAUUAAACCAAAAAAAAAAAAAAAUCAUUUUCCAACUUCAAAGUCUCACUUUAAAUACCCCUACAAAUUUCCAUUUCAUUUCCACCACCAACACACUCCAAAAAGCCAAACAAUCCAUCCCUUCUUCUAUCUUUUGCAAUCUUCCAAACAAAACUUCUUCUUCUUCUACUUCCACUUCUUUCCCUUUAUAAUAAACAAAAAUAUUGUGAACAAAAAAUGGCCAUUAAAAAGUCUAACAAAUUUUCACAAGCGGCAAUGAUCAAGCAAAUAAUGAAGAGAUGUUCGAGCUUGGGAAAGAAGCAAGGGUACGAUGAAGAAGGGCUUCCUUUGGACGUACCAAAAGGCCAUUUUGCAGUGUAUGUUGGUGAGAACCGGACUAGAUAUAUUGUCCCGAUUUCAUUCUUGAACCGACCCGAGUUCUUAAGUCUUCUACAAAGAGCUGAGGAAGAAUUCGGGUUUGAUCAUGAGAUGGGGCUUACCCUUCCUUGUGAUGAAGAAGUCUUUGAAUCUCUAACAUCAAUGCUCAGAUAACUACCAAAGAGAGACAGAGAUUAAUUUGCCUAUUAAAAUUGGUGGAAGGAUUUAUCAGGAAAGCCAGCCAGCCAGCUAGCUAGCUUAGUAGUACAUUGUUUUCUAAAAAAAUUUUUGUCUCUUCUUUUUUAACCUUCUUAGACUAUUUUUUCAUCUUUUUUUUUUUUUUUUAGCUUUUGAGAUUUGUUUAUGGCUAACAGAAAAUCUCAUGAUGAUCAUGGAGGGUUUUUGUAUAGCUAGAUGUGUAAAAAUCUCAAAAGUUAGAUGAUCAUUUUCCUCACGGCGGUGUUUUGGGUUUGUAACUCAAUUUGUACCCUGUGAGAGAGUAAAUUCACUAAUAUAAGUAUUGAUUGUAAUGUAUUGGAUUAUAAUGAAAUUCUUCGGAUUUCACAAUCAAUUCCAUCCAUCCACUUCAUAUUUGGU